CCAAUAGUGCACAAUCAUGGCAUUGGCCGAUUGGUUGGCUCAAACCAGAACAGGGCUAUCAACUUUCCGGUCAGAAGCUUCCAAGGUACUCAGGUUCCUGUGGAAUGUGUACUCCAAACCUACUCCAUCCAACCGCUUCGAGAUCUUCAUCCUCUUCCUCCUCUGCUUCUUCAUCUCCACGUCGAUAGCGGCCCUGCUGCUGCUAUGGAUGGUGUACAGCCUGACCUAUGACCUCAGCGGCGUGGCCAUCUUCUCAGGGGUUUUCACGGUCCUCGUGACGGCGGACCUGAUGAUGGUCCACCCGGUACGCUGCAUUCUCAGCAUCCUCCUCCCGUCGCUGGGCACCGGCCAAGGCCGCAAGAUCCUGAUAUCCUCUGUCCUAACCCUGACCUUGGCCACGUGCGUCCCGAACAUGGUGAGGAACGCCAACUGGACGGCCUACCUGAUCCGCUGUUCGUCUCGCAGUCUGAUCACGGGCAUGCUGAACUCAAGCCAGAUGACCCAGCAGGCGCUCGGAGACAUCAACGCCUGGACGGCCAAGAUGCCCGCCAGCAGCGGCAUGAGUAGCCUCAGCCUCAAGCAGGAAGUGGACGCCAGCGCCGUGCGGCGGGAGAUCUCCGCCAUGGCAGACAACAUGAAGGCGGACUUGACCUCCGUGCACGACUCCCUCAGCCUCGCCUCUUCGGUACUGCAGAAGCUGACCGCUGCUGCCCUGGUGCUCCUCAUGCUUUGUGGCUCCGCGGCGUAUCUGAUUGGCUACCUCACGGACCUCAAGUAUGACAACGUGUACGCGUCCCGUCGCCUCAUGGCUGCUCUAGUGGCAAGUGGUGGAGAUGGUGCAACGACGACGUUGCCGGUGAGGUAUCGCGGCAGGCUGGUGCGGACGGCGGGAGUGAAGAUGACGCGUGACGAGGUGCGGAGGUGUGCCUGGGGCGUGAUGGUUCUUGGGUUCUAUGCCAUGCUGUGUUUUGCGGUGAUAGCGCUGGAUCACUUUGUCUACAGAGCGCUGGAGCUGCUGCUGGCCUGGACUAGGGACGUACCAGAGAUCAAAUUCCAAAUUGACGUGAAUUUGGAAGUCGGGGGCCAGGCGAUUGGCUUUAUCGAUUUCCCCAUUGAGCGCUUCCACAAUUCUUAUAGCCACCGCCUGGAUGUGCUCCCAGGUCACUGUGUGAAGCCUCUCUCUCCCCCAGACUCCUCCAUCAUCACCUCCGCCUGCGUCCUCCUCCUCACAGGCCUCCUCCUCGUCCUAGGCCAGGUGUUUGCGCGGCGCCUACGCAGAAAGAUCUGCGCCUCCUUCUACAACGAACGCGAGGAGGAGCGGACCCACCAUCUCCUGCAGAAGAUUCUAGACGAGAGGGAAAGAGAGAAGGAGGAUAAUUGA